CAUGUGUGUAUGUGUGUGUGUAGAACACAGUGCUGAGUGCAAAGCGCUUCCUGGAGGGUCAUCAACCAGGGAAAUGGGAUAUUUCUCUCACCAAACUCAAUCUGCAGAAGCCGGUGCCGAGCGACAUUGUGAUCUCUCGCUCCUGUGUGCCCAAGCCCAUUGACCGUCUGGCCAAAGAGGUGGGCCUUCUCUCUGAUGAGGUAGAACUCUAUGGCAAGACUAAGGCCAAGGUCCAGCUGAAUAUCAUCAAACGCCUGCAGGCUCAACCAGACGGCAAAUAUGUGGUUGUCACUGGUAUUACACCGACCCCUCUGGGUGAGGGAAAGAGUACCACCACCAUCGGCCUUGUGCAGGCCCUGGGAGCACACAUGAACCUCAAUGUUUUCGCAUGUGUGCGACAACCUUCUCAGGGACCCACCUUUGGCAUUAAAGGGGGUGCUGCAGGAGGUGGAUAUUCACAAGUCAUCCCAAUGGAAGAGUUCAACCUCCAUCUCACUGGUGACAUUCACGCCAUCACAGCUUCCAACAACUUGGUAGCUGCUGCCAUCGACGCUCGCAUGUUCCACGAGUCCACACAAACUGACAAGGCUCUGUACAACCGUUUGGUGCCACUCAGUGGAGGACAGAGGAAGUUCUCCCCCAUCCAGAUCAACAGACUGAAGAAACUGGGCAUAGACAAGACUGAUCCCUCCACUCUGACUGAGGAGGAGAUCACCUGCUUCGCCCGUCUGGACAUUGAGCCGAGCUCUGUCACCUGGCACAGAGGUAUGAACAUCUCACAUUUCUCUUAG